AUGACAAGUGAACAUAUAGAAUCUAUAACAAGAAUUGAAAAUGCUCGUCAUCAAAUAAAAUUAUGUCAAAAAGAAAAUUUUUAUCAUUUAUUAAAAGAUCGUGAACUUGAUCCAUGGACACAAACACGUCUUGAUUCAAUUAAAAAUAAAUAUGAUCAAGUUAAACAUAAUUUAAAUGUUUUAUUACAAUUAACACAUAAAACAAUACAUAAUAAAUCAUUAUCUAGAAAUGAUAAUGAUAUUGAAAAUGAUACAUCUCAAACAAUGAAACAAGAAAUUCAAAAACGUCUACCUGAACUUAGUCAUAAAGUAUCUGAAAUAGAAAAAGAUUUACAAAUUAUUUAUACAAAAUUCAAUAAAUAUUUAUUGAGUAGCAAACAAAAUGAUUCAAAUUUAACAAAGACGAUAAUGUCGUCUCAGAAAUUAUUUCAUCCAUUAGAUUCAGAAAUUUUAUCACAUUUACAAGUUACUCAUCCAAAUAUUAAUGAAAUUAAUGUUCCACAAUCACCAUUAAUUCAUUUAUCAUCAGUAAAUGAACAAAAAAAAAUCUUCAACUAUUGA